UCCAGCAUUCCGCUUCUGGCAGUUCCCGUGCACGUAUCAUCAACUCAAGCGCCUUUCCGCCGACCGCUCUUUGACAUCAGCCUCUUUCACGUCGCCGACGUCUUUUUUCCGCCACAAAAUAGCACUCUACAAACACUUUGUACUUUCAUCGUAUAUUACAGCUCUGUCAACCGAAGCAGAUGUCCAGUCUUGGUGAAGCGGAGCACUUGUCUCCUCUUUACUAAGCGCGAGCGCAUUUUUUUGGGACUAAUGGGAGGUCGAUGACCGCAGAACGGCUGCCACCCGGCAUCGCAGACUGCGCUCAAGCACGGGUAAUUAGCACCAAUUCAAGGACGACAUGCAGAAGAGGGAAGAUGCGCGUUGUGCGACUGCGCACCACUCAGAUUUCGCGACGCAGGGUUGGAAGGGGGGGACGCUGGUGGCCCCCCGGCUCCCGGUGCCUGCGGCUGCUGCCCCUUCUCUGCAUCUUCAUUAUAAUCGCCGCUCUAGGCAUUCUCGCCAUCUCAGAGCAGAUGUCGCUGGUGCAGCGACGGGUGGUUUCCCCUGUGGUGGGCGGAGGUGCUGCCUCAAGGAUCAUGCCAGGACGGGUUCAGCACCCGCCUCCAUCCUCUCACUCGCACCAUGCUCAGGCCUGGCAACAAGCGUGGUCAGCAAAGCAGAUUGACAUCCCAUUUGUAGCCAAAAGGCCACCAGGCUUCGAUUUGCCUCGUAAAACAUGGUCCAUAAUAUCAGAUGAAUGUCCCAACAUUCCUCAAAAAUUGUUUGGUGUGAGAAACGUGUCAUCUUCACCCCUGCGCAUGUCCGAGUCGACAAUAGAGACGAUGGUUGGUCCAGUGAGGAAUGGAGGUCGGUGGUCACCCGAACAGUGUGCCUCCCGCCACAUUGUCGCCAUCAUCAUUCCAUAUAGGGACAGAUACGAGCAACUGCGCACGCUGCUCUUUCACUUGCAUCCGCUACUUCAGAGACAACAGCUCAAUUAUAGAAUUUUUCUAGUCGAACAGUUUGGUAAUGAUACAUUCAACAAGGGGGUGCUGAUGAAUGCUGGAUUUUUGACGGCUCUCAAGUACACUCCCUCUCCAGGAGUCCUGUUCCACUGCUUCAUUUUCCACGACGUCGAUAUGAUCCCGGAGGAUGAUCGGAACAUGUACUCCUGUCCACAACAGCCUCGACACAUGUCUGUGGCCGUCAAUGAGCUGGAUUACAAACUGCCUUACAGACAACUCGUUGGAGGUGUGUUCGCAAUAAGAACAGAACAUUUCUUCAAAGUAAACGGCUACUCGAACCUUUAUUGGGGUUGGGGCGGGGAGGAUGACGACAUGGGUUACAGGGUGGAACACGUUCUAUCAACCAUAUCUCGACCGCCAGAGUGGAUAGCGCGCUACACAAUGAUCAAACACAAGAAGCGUCGCCCGUUGGCCUGGAAGGUAAAGAUCAAACUGCUGCGAACUUCAUGGCGUCGCUAUCGGCUCGACGGCCUCAACACUGUUCAGUACCAACUGCUCGAUCUGCAGGACCGUCCUCUCUACACCAAGGUGCUCAUAGACGUCGGACAUCCCCCUCACAACAUCCGUGUUCUCCAACAGGAACAGGAUGAACAGAACAAGAGAACUGACUGAAAUUAUUUUGCCAAAAAAAUCGUCGAUUAUGACCUGUUUGACAUGACUUGCAUUCAUUUGUAAUAUUAUAAUCUUAUGACAUUUAUUAUCAACUGACGGUCCAACAAUGUUGACCAAAGAAGUAGAAUUAAAACAAACUACGACCUGGAAGGAUAUGCAGAGCAGAUAAACGGAGGGAGAUCAGCCAAUUACAGUGAUAGAUAGAGACAUAAACAGAGACUUUUAUACAUUUUUACAAUAAUCAUAUUAAGCGGGCCAUUCAUUAUACAACUGGUGGUCCAACAAUGUUGAACUGGUAGUAAGACCUCUAAAGUAGAAUUAAAACAACCUCCGACUUGGAAGGAUAUGCGGAGAAGAAAAACGGAGGAAGAUCAGCCAAUUACAGUGAGUCAGUGAGUAAUUACAGUGAGUAAAGGAGCGCAGUUGCCAAGUUGACGAUCAGACUCAGUCGAUAUAGUGCUUUUCGAUAGAGAGAUUUCACUCUUAAAACUAAGAGGAGAAACCGAUUGUUCUACACUUCCUAGCAUAGUAAGAAUAGUGGAGAUGAAUAGGGAUGUUGCGCAAAAAUUGGAUGCUGACACAAAAGUAGAGAGAAUGCUGUUAGGUGAGUAAUUGGUGAAGGAAAGAGCAUCGUUCCUCUCUGUUUUCGCGAGAGAGCUGUGUAAAAAUUGAUAUCUCUGGUCUAUAGGUAUGUGUAUCAUUAGGAUAGCAUGCUACUUUUACUGUAAAAUGUAUUUUCACCACACUGCACAGAAAGCAGCUGUUUUCCAGUCCCUACAUAGGUCUGAAAGGCAUUGUUUGCAGACGACUCUCGUCUGACGUCAGAACAGGUUUC